GGUGCCUUUAUCUAGCUUACAUCACCCUGGCACCAGAUAUAUCAACCUGUGACUUCUCAACACUGACAGACAUUCACCAAACUGACAGCACUCUGCGUCUGACCCGAGGAGACUUUCUACCACAUGAAUACUACCACAACUGUGAAGAUGACCCUUGUGUUGUUUUUGCUGUGUUCCGGAUUUUUUCACUUUACUUUUGCAUCAAACCAUCUACGACAUUUCCGUCUUAGUCAAUUAUACGUAACUUGGAAUGCUAAAUUGAAUGCAUGCAACCACACAAAUGAAUCACUUGUAACUCUCUAUGAUGAAGAAGAUGCCAAUUUCAUAGUCAAGUUUUUGGAGAAACAUGGUGAUGGGAAACUUAGCUUGCUGGGUCUGCAUUACAAUCGAACCACCACUUGGUCAGACGGGACCCCGAUCACAUUCAAUAAGUCAUCUGUGAAUCUAACAAAUGGGGAGCAAACAUGUGAAGCUAUUAAAAACAACACAUGGAGAGGUUUUAACUGUUCAGAGAGGAAGUAUUUCAUGUGCUCCAAGGGUGAUGAUUACACCCUGAUUAAAAAUGAGAAGAACUGGUGUCAGGCUCUGCAAUACUGCAGAACGCAUUUCACCAACUUGGUCAGCAUCCAUAACAUCACGCAAAAUAGUAAAGUGAUUAAAGAGGGAAAUAACUCAAGCUUUUGGAUUGGACUCCUGCACGAUGAAUGGGAAUGGUUGGACAAAAGCUGCUCUUCAUUCAGAAAAUGGUAUCCUCCUGACCCUGUUAAUGUGGAAUGCACAAGCAUCUAUACUAACAAUGAUGACCCACUAUCAUUGUAUCCAUUCUCAUGUGAAAAUGAAGCAAAUAUCAUUUGCUCCAAAGGCACUGUGAGAAUCAAAGUCAUUGACCGACCUUUAACUUGGGAACAGGCCUUUGACUAUUGCAAGGCCCACCACACAGGCCUGCUGUGGAUUGAGGAUGAGGAAGACCAGUGGGCUGUUGAACAAUGGCUGAAUCACACUGAUGUUGGUGGUUCAUUCUGGAUUGGUCUGAGGCAGAGCCGUGUCUUUGGAUUCUGGAUUUGGAGUGACAGGACAGUGACCUAUAGUAAAUGGAAGGAUAACAAACCACCUGAGAUGCCCUUGUCUAAUCACUGUGGUGUCAUCGAGAAGGACGACAAGAAGGACGACUACAGGUGGAGGGAUGAAAACUGUUGGCUCCAGCUACCUUUUCUUUGUGAGGAGGAAAUUGUAUUCAUGAAUAAAUAGUUAAUAGUUGUAAAGUUUUGCUGAUAGAUUAGAUUUGAAUGUAGAAUCAAUGUGAUGCCUGAUCAUGGAGCUGAAAGUUGGCAACAUAACCCCUAAGAUUCUUCUGUAAUGAUCUGGUGUUUUUUCUGAAUUUAGUUGGUACAGAAUUAUUGACGUGUUUUUUUCUUCUAUGUUGAUGAAUUUGAUAUUUGGUGUUUAAAUACUGGAUGAUGAUGAUGAUGAUGAUGAUUAUUGUUAUUACUGUUAUUAUUGUUAUUAUUAUUAUAUUCUGUAAUUCUGUAGAAAGAUUAUGAGUAUAGGUUUGUAGUUAUUUAAAAUUACCUGUAAGUAAUGAUAAACUACAGGGACAAAAGUGGAAGCAAAUCCAAAUAUGGUUGAAAUUCAUUUAUUCUUCGGUUUGUAAUAAGUGACUGUAUUUCUCAUAUUGAUUUUUUUAUUAAAAAAGUCCCACUCAGGGACAUGGGUUUGCUCUAUAGAUGAUUUACUUUUAAGUCUUAUAAAUUAUAAAUGUGAUAUGACAGCACAUAGAAGA